AUGGGCAAUCAAAAUGCUAAGCCAAUAAGUAAUAUGAAAACAAUGACACAAAGUACUGAACGAAUUCCAGAUCGAGCUAAUCAACAACAAGUAAUUGAUCUAGAUGAAAUUGUUGAAAAAUGGGUUUGGCAAUUAUGGAAUAGAACAAAAAAGAAAUCAUGGUCUCGUUAUAAACGUGACGAAUUGCUUAUAAAAAUAAAUUGGAAACGAGUUAAAUUCAUACAAAGCAAUGCCAAUUAUUAUGGUUUACCACCUGUACGUAUACCAAAAUCCCAAAUACUUUUUCGAACAGCUUUUAAUAAUAAAACAGCCAAUGAACAUUCUAAUGUAUUUAAAACAGAACGUUCUACACGUUCAACAUUUGAAUUUGUAUUUACGAAAAGUUUAAGAAAAUCGCAUGAAUCAUUUUUAAUAUUUCGUUUACCGGAAGAGGUUACUGUAGUAGGUGGAGAAAUAAAACGAGAGCAAUCUGUACCAUUUGGACAAAAUAUCACAAAAGAAUACGAUCUGGAGUGGAACAUCAAUACUCCAGUACGUGUUGCACCUUUUACAUCUACAUUUGCUGAGUUAAAUGUUGAUGAAGAAGAAUGUUCUGGUGAUUUCGAUAUAUCUAUUCGAUUUCUUGGCUGUAUCUCAGUAACUGUAGCGACUCGGCAAUCACCUAAUACUUAUUUAAAAUUGAUUGGUGGCGAUAUUGUUCAAAUUAUUCGUGAAGCUUUGAAAAAUAAUAAUCAAUUGAAUGGUUUAGAGGUCAUUGAAGAAUAUUCUCCUGUAGUAAACUUCACAAUGCAUGGUAAAUAUUCAUUUCGAUAUGGUGUUCAACAACAUAUUGUACUUGACCACGAAUCAGUAGAGCAUAUAUCAUCUUCUAUUUCUACUCCGAAUCAUAUCCCAUUGUUCAGUUCUACGUAUCGACCACUUAGAACACAGUUAUUGCCGCCAAAGGAUGAUAUUACUUUAAAGAUCGAUGAAGAUGAACAUUAUGAAAUUUUGUAA